CCCACUUUCGCCCGCCUCUCUGCCCGAGUGGGCUGGAUGGCUCGCGGGCUGAGCGCAGGCGGCUGGCAAACUUGCAGGGCCCGCCGAAUGCCUUCGGGGAGCGCCGCUGCUCCCGCCGGCUUCCGGGACGCCGCCGCCGCCGCCGCCCCCCGCGCCGCUCUUGGCGGAGGCAUCUUGGCACAAGGGGAGUGAAGGCUGCAAAGGCGGCUGUUGUCCGCGCAGGGGGUGCUGCUCACGCGGUCCUAAUGCCUGUCACUUCUCGGGACGCGCUGGUGGCAGCGGCGGCGGCUGCAGGCGGGAGCCACCCGAGUGCUGCUCCGGCUUGCUUGGCUUCUUCCGGCAUCUGAUUGGAUACGGCUGGGCUCUGCGUGGGACAGCGGAGCUGUGGCGAGGGGCCUCCGAGAGACAGAGAGAGAGAGAGGAAAAAAACAUGGGUUAUUGCAGCGGCAGGUGCACGCUGAUCUUCAUCUGUGGCAUGCAACUGGUAUGUGUGCUGGAGAGACAGAUAUUUGAUUUCCUUGGUUAUCAGUGGGCACCAAUCCUGGCAAAUUUUGUACACAUUAUUAUAGUCAUACUUGGCUUAUUUGGAACCAUCCAGUAUAGACCUCGCUACAUAACAGGAUACGCUGUCUGGUUAGUCCUCUGGGUUACAUGGAAUGUAUUUGUUAUCUGCUUCUACUUGGAGGCUGGGGACCUAUCAAAGGAAACAGAUCUUAUACUGACCUUCAAUAUCUCAAUGCACCGUUCUUGGUGGAUGGAGAAUGGGCCAGGCUGCACAGUGACAUCUGUGACCCCAGCCCCAGACUGGGCACCGGAGGACCAUCGCUACAUCACUGUCUCAGGUUGUGUUCUUGAAUACCAAUAUAUAGAAGUGGCUCACAGUUCCCUACAGAUCUUUCUUGCACUGGCAGGAUUCAUCUACGCCUGUUAUGUUGUGAAAUGUAUCACCGAAGAAGAGGACAGCUCUGAAUACCCGAUGAUGGGAGGAAGAAUGGCCUACUGGCUCCCUGGAGCAAACCAGAUUGACUUCAUAGGUGGAUUUGACUCUUACGGCUAUCAAGGCCCACAGAAGACAUCUCAUUUACAGCUACAGCCCAUGUAUAUGUCAAAGUAGACAAAACAAAGUCUGUGGCUGGAGUCGAAGGAGUAGUCAAAGAACUCAUUCCAGUACGGCCUCCUGUGGGUGCAAAAGAAGGAAGAAGUCUUAACUUUUCUGUUUCAAAAUAUAAUACUAGAAGAAUGCUGGGACACGGAGGCCUCACUAUCUCACAAGUACAGACUUCAAUGCACAAGAUCAUUUCUUUCCCAUCCUGGAUUUUCCGAAUUCUUAUACAGAAAGUUCAGAAGGAGGAGAAGCGGUGGCCCCAUCUUCUGGUCACUGCCUACCUUCUCUUCCCUUUGCUCCUGCCUCUGAAUUAUGAAACAUAGCUCAUCCAUUUUGGUUCUGUCCGGAGCCGUGUCCUCUCUUAGUCAAUAAACACUAACGAUACCAUGAUGACCUUGAAACAGAAGUCAAUAGACAGCAAGUUGUUUGCCCUAAAGGCUGUAUAAUACAUACUUGCCUUAACCUAUCCUAAGUUGCACAUCAGAGAAAUUCGGUGUGGACUUUCUGAAGUAACUUCCUUUAGGCUCAACCAUGCUGUUCAUUAAUUGUUAAAGAUUUCUAAGGCUGUGUCAGGUAAUAGACUCUGCUCCCCAGUAGUUCCAUAGUUGGCUGCGUAAGAAAACCACCCGCUGGCAGACAGAAGAGGUGCUUUAAGUCUCCAGAAGGGCUGGGGUGCAAAUACACUUUAAAAUACUUCUAACAGAACUGGGCUCUUUGGGGAGCUGGAAAAUGCUGGGGGGGGGGGAGGAACAUUUACUAAAGUAAUAACUGUAAAGAAACAACAAAAACAGUGCUCCUUAACCCACUGUUUUUAUUUACUGCACUCUAGGUGCUUUUAUAAAUGACUCUGAAUAUGUCUUUUACUAAUGACAGAGACGUCUGCAUUAUUUCUAUCAGCAGAGGCCAACUGAAUAUGUAUUAACUAUGUUUACUCUUUUAUAACUUAAUUCCAGUUGAAAAUCCUAUGUAGGUGAGCUUUUUUAAAAAAAGAAAAACCUGCAGCAUAUAAGAUAUUUCUUUCUGGGUUUUGUUUUGUUUUGUUUUUUUAGUUGGGGUGGGAGUAGUUGCGUUGGUAACAUUUUUGAAGACCUUUUUGUGAUAUUUGGGGGAUCUGUUGCGUGUUAGAAUGUGUAUCAUAACUUUCUGUAUUAUCGUGGCUGAAAAAAAAAGCUGUGCUGUUAUGUAGUUGGCAACAAGAUGCCUUUGGAAACUUUGCUAGUAGAUCAAUGUCUUUAUGAAAUACUCUUGGAGUC